AGUCUGGGAAAUGAUGGCCCCACGGGCCCCGAGGGGCCUGGCCCCAGCUCUGCUCUGGGGCCUGAGCCUCUUCCUUGGCCUCCCAGGACCGGUCUGGGUCCAGCUUUCUCCGCCUCCCAAGUCUUCUUCCCCCACUGAGCCCCAUCCAUGUCAUACCUGCCGGCGACUGGUCGACAGUUUCAACAAGGGCCUGGAGAGAACCAUCCGGGAUAACUUUGGAGGUGGAAACACUGCCUGGGAGGAAGAGAAGUUGUCCAAAUACAAGGACAGCGAGACCCGCCUGGUAGAGGUGCUUGAGGGCGUGUGCAGCAAGUCGGACUUCGAGUGCCACCGCCUGCUGGAGCUGAGUGAGGAGCUGGUGGAGAGCUGGUGGUUUCACAAGCAGCAGGAAGCCCCAGACCUCUUCCAGUGGCUCUGCUCAGAUGCCCUGAAGCUCUGCUGCCCCUCAGGCACCUUUGGGCCCUCCUGCCUUCCCUGUCCUGGGGGUGCGGAGCGGCCCUGCGGUGGCUACGGGCAGUGUGAAGGGGAAGGAACUCGAGGGGGCAGCGGGCACUGCGACUGCCAAGCCGGCUAUGGGGGUGAGGCCUGUGGCCAGUGUGGCCUCGGCUACUUUGAGGUGCAGCGCAAUGCCAGCCAUCUGGUAUGUUCGGCUUGUUUUGGCCCCUGUGCCCGCUGCUCAGGACCUGAGGAAUCAAAUUGUUUACAGUGCAAGAAGGGCUGGGCCCUGCAUCACCUCAAGUGUGUAGACAUUGAUGAGUGUGGCACAGAGCGAGCCAGCUGUGGAGCCGACCAGUUCUGCGUGAACACGGAGGGCUCCUAUGAGUGCCGAGACUGUGCCAAGGCCUGCCUGGGCUGCAUGGGGGCAGGCCCUGGCCGCUGUAAGAAGUGUAGCCCUGGCUACCAGCAGGUGGGCUCCAAGUGUCUCGACGUGGACGAGUGUGAGAUGGUGGUGUGUCCAGGAGAGAACGAGCAAUGCAAGAACACCGAGGGCAGUUACCGCUGUGUCUGUGCUGAGGGCUACAAACAGAUCGAGGGCAUCUGUGUGAAGGAGCAGAUCCCAGAGUCAGCAGGCUUCUUAUCGGAGAUGACAGAGGACGAGCUGGUGGUGCUGCAGCAGAUGUUCUUUGGUGUCAUCAUCUGUGCACUGGCUACGCUGGCUGCCAAGGGUGACUUGGUCUUCACCGCCAUCUUCAUUGGGGCUGUGGCAGCCAUGACCGGCUACUGGUUGUCAGAGCGCAGUGACCGUGUGCUGGAGGGCUUCAUCAAGGGCAGAUAAUCCCUGCCACACCUGCAGCAUCUCCUCCUGCCCAGGCUGCCCCCAAGGUCGGGACUCUCCCACCUGGACACUUGAGGCACUUGCUUUAUUUUUGAGUGCGGUAAGCACCCUCUACCCACCUUAUGGAGCAGCGCAGACACCUGGGCCUGGGCAGGUGAGGCCCUUGGGUGAAAAAGUAGCCCUAUAGGUGGGUGCCAUGAGAUCUUGGCCUUGGGGCACUGGUCAGGCUUCACAGUGUUGUGAAUUUUUUUAAAAAGUGUCUCCUCAUUGUGGCUGCUCGUGAGCUUUGGCCCCUGCCCAGGAUGUGGGGGGAGGGUGUCCCUUCACACCCCCCUCCUGCCAGCUGCAUGCUGUCAGCUCCUGUUCUGUCCUCACCCCCUUGCCCCUCAGCCACUGAUUUAUUUAUUCAUCUCAUCUCAGGAAAUAAAGAAAGGUCUUGGAAAAUGGA